AUGGCGGAGCCGGUCACACCUCUCCAUCUCUACAACCAGCUGGCAGCCCAGGGGGACCGAGUCCGAGCCCUGAAAUCACAGAAAGCUCCCAAGGACGAGGUUGAUGCUGCGGUGAAGCUUCUACUUUCUCUGAAGUUGAAAUAUAAAUCAGCCACCGGACAGGAAUACAAGGCGGAGUCACCCCCGACAGACCCCGCCCCCUCCGCCAACAAUGGUCUGCCCCCCGCCGAGGAUGGCGAUGACUUUGUGGAUCCGUGGACGGUGCAGACCGGCAGUGCCAAGGGGUGGACUACGACAAGCUGAUUGUUCGGUUUGGGAGCAGCAAAAUCGAUGAGGAUCUGAUUGGUCGGAUAGAGCGUGUCUGCGGUCACAAAGCCCACCACUUCCUGCGGAGGGGGAUCUUCUUCUCUCACAGGGAUAUGCACCAGAUCCUGGACUCGGUGGAGAAGGGGAAGCCGUUCUAUCUGUACACAGGAAGGGGGCCGUCCUCAGGAUCCAUGCAUGUCGGCCAUCUUGUCCCAUUCAUCUUCACCAAGUGGUUGCAGGAAGUGUUCGAUGUCCCGUUGGUGGUGCAGAUGACGGACGAUGAGAAGUAUCUGUGGAAGGAUCUGACCAUCGAGGAGACGUACCAAUACACCCUGGAGAACGCCAGAGAUAUCAUCGCCUGCGGCUUCGACGUCAACAAGACCUUCAUCUUCUCCGACCUGGAGUAUAUGGGGUCGAGUCGCGGAUUCUACAAGAACGUGGUCCAGGUCCAGAAACACGUCACCUUCAACCAGGUCAAAGGGAUCUUCGGCUUCACAGACAGCGAUUGUAUCGGUAAAAUCAGUUUUCCCCGCCAUCCAGGCCGCGCCCUCCUUCAGCAGCUCCCUUCCGGAGAUCUUCAACGGCAGAAAAGACAUCCAGUGCCUCAUUCCCUGCGCCAUCGACCAGGAUCCGUUUUUCCGGAUGACCCGAGAUGUGGCCCCCCAGGAUCAGCUUCCCGAAGCCGGCCUUGAUGCAUUCCACCUUCUUCCCCGCCCUGCAGGGGGCUCAGACCAAGAUGAGCGCCAGCGAUUCCGAACUUCCUCCAUCUUCCUGACCGACACUGGCCAAACACAUCAAGACCAAGAUCAAUAACACGCCCUUCUCCGGGGGGAGGGACACCAUCGAGGAACAUCGCAAACAUGGCGGCAACUUGCGAGGUGGAUGUCUGUUAUAUGUACCUCACCUUCUUCAUGGAGGACGACGAGGAGCUGGAGAAGAUUCCGCCCCCAGUAGGACUACACGAGCGGUGCGCUGCUGACGGGGGAGCUGAAGAAGAUCCUGAUUGAGACGCUGCAGCCGAUGAUCGCCGCCCUGCAGGAGAGGAGGAAGCGGGUGACAGACGAGACGGUGCGACUCUUCAUGACUCCCAGGAAGUUGGACUUCCACUUCUAG